AUGUUAAAUUCUGAUAGUUAUAGAUUAACAAUUGAAGAGAGAAAUAAAAUGAUUAAUAACAAAGAUGUUUAAUAUUUAUUUAUACUAAUAGAUUAUGGAUUUCUAUGUUAAGGACUACAAAAUGUUUUUAAAAUUUUUGGGAAUUAAUUGGAAUAUAGAGAAACUAGAAUUAGAGAAUUAUAAACAAUUUAACAAAUGUCUUAGAAUUAAUACAUAAUUAGUUAAGAUUAAGAAAGUUUUAGCUUCAUUAAGUGUUUUAGGGUAAAGAGAGGAAGCUUUAAAAUUGUUAAAAUUAAUACAUAAAGAAACUAGUUUUAUGGCACUGAAUAUUGAUAGCCUCUGUAAUAUUUUGAAUAUAGUAUAUAAAAAUAAAAUGAAAAAUUAUAUUUUCUUCAAAUAAUACAAUACUACCUCUAAGAUCAUUUAAUAGAUGAAAAUAAUUUAGAGAAGAAUUCUAAAAAUGAAUCAGGAGUAGUACCUACAAUUAAUAAUAUUAAUGAGAAGAUAUCUGAAAUAAAGGAAUAAUUAAGUGAUAAAAAUAAUAAUGAUUCUCUAUCUACAAAAGAUCCAAGUAUUGUUAAAUAAAACAAUUAAAACACAAUCUCUUUACAAUAACAUGAAAUAACAAAAAGACUCUUAAGAUUAAUAUAGUUACUCAAGCAAUAAUGAUAGUUUUGACAGAUAUUAGAUAAAUUAUAAGAGACCCUAAUUUAAGUAAAAUCAAUAUGAAAAAUUUGAAGUUCAAUUUAAAUUUGAGGAAAUUAAAAAUAAUUAUGUGUAAGGAGAUUAUUAAGUGAAAAAUGGGUGA